AUGGAUGUCAACUCCCUUUUCAACGUCAAAGGCAAGGUGGUGCUCGUCACGGGCGGGGCAAAGGGCAUCGGUCGUAUGAUCUCGGAGGGUUUUGUGGCGAAUGGUGCAAAGGUGUACAUCUCGUCGAGAGACGGCAAGGCCUGUGAGAAGGCCGCGGCGGAACUCACCGCUCUCGGACAACAAUCCGGCGGCAGCGCCAUCGCCCUCCCAGCCGACCUCCAGUCCCUAGAAGCCUGCAAAUCCCUCGCCGCCGAGCUCACCCGCCGCGAGGGCGACCGUGAAGGCCUGCACAUCCUCAUCAACAACUCGGGCGCCGCAUGGGGCGACUCCUUCGACACCCACCCAGACCACGCCUGGACCAAGCUUCUCACCCUGAACCUGCAGCGCGUCUUCACGCUGACGCAGCUCCUGGCCCCUCUCCUGGAGAAAGCAAGCAAGCGCGGCGGCGGCGGUGGUGACGACGACCCUGCGCGCGUAAUCAACAUCGGCAGCAUUGACGCCAUCCGCGUCCCGACCAUCGAGAACUAUGCCUACAGCGCGAGCAAAGCGGGCCUGCACCAGCUGACACGCACCUCGGCGGUGGCGCUGGGCCCGAGGGGGAUCACGGUGAAUACGCUUGCCUGCGGGCCGUUCCCUAGCAAGAUGAUGAAGGCGGUGCUGGAUAGUGCGGGGAAGGAGCUGGCGGAGGCGAACCCCUUGGGCCGCAUCGGGACCCCUGAGGAUGCUGCGGGUGCUUGUCUUUUCCUGUCUGGGCGGGCAGGUGCUUUCGUGAACGGUGCGACGCUCACCCUGGACGGCGGUAUACACCUGCUCUCUAGACUGUAAAUAAUACAAAGAAGCUCGACUGGGUAGGCGGUUCUUGACUCAAUGAAGACUUGGGCCACGAGUGGAUUCUACUGUAUGAGGAUCACUUUAUUCCCCAGCUUGCAUGCUGCUGGGCUGGGAUCCUCGCUCUGCCUUGUGGUGUGCCUGUGUCUUCCGCCUUUCUGGAUGAAGCGAUGGAGUUACGAGCUGGGUGAGAGAAGCCUCAUGAGACAGAGGGUACGGACUGUACAGCAUCAUGGAGGGGAGAAAGAAAAAAAGAAAAAAAAAAAGGGGGGGGGGGAAGGGGUGUCAGGUCACAGCCAACCAUACCAUGCGAGUGAGGCGCACAAUGAGAAAAUAUGUAGAAUCAGGCCCACCUCAAUAGAAAGGGCUUCUAGUCAUCUCUCAUAAAUUUGUAACACACUAGACUUGGUCC